AUGACCCUGCCAAUCCUGUUCAAGACGCUUGUGCGACCGCUCCUGGAGUACGGUAACAUUGUCUGGGGGCCAUUCAAUCGAGCGGAUCAGCUCCUCAUCGAACGAGUCCAGCGCCGAGCGACCAAGCUGGUCCAGGAAGUACGUCACCUACCGUACCAGGAAAGACUGAAGUCUAUGAAGCUGCCUUCCCUCCACUACCGACGUCGACGCGGCGACAUGAUCGCUGUCUACAAUGUGCUGCAUGGGAGACUGGACCUGAAUCCGGAGGAGCUCUUCAACCAAGUAACGACCAGAGAUACAAGAGGACACUCCUGGCGUCUUGCGAAGCCCCAUGCCGUCACCCGCAUCCGUCGAAACGUGUUCGCAGUCAGAGUCAUUAACGACUGGAACAGCCUACCAUCAUCCGUCGUAGACGCCGACUCUCUAAACUCGUUCAAGAACCGGCUCGACACUCACUGGAGACACCUCCACUUCACCCCGCCCCUACCAUACGAACAGUAA